AUGAGGAGUUAUAGAAGAUCGCCAAUCCCACUUCCUUUAGGCACUCUUGGAUGGCCUUUUCUCGGCGAAUCUAUCUCCUUCAUCUCCUGUGCUUACUCAGACCACCCUGAGACCUUCAUGGACCGACGUCGUCACAUGUAUUCGAGUAUAGAUGAGGUUGCUACCAUAUUGUUGUCGCAGACCCCUGACAAGAUGAAGGAGUUGGUCCAACUCACGUUUUACAAGUCGCCCAAGAUCCUGCCUUCAUGCGUCCUCACCGAUUUCAUUCGAACUCGUAUCAUAGUUGCUGUUAGAGGUGGCAAAGGGACAAGUUUGGUGGUGGCGGUGAUGGUGACAGUGUUUGGUGGUUGUGGAAUUGUGGUGGCGGCGGUGGUGGUGGUGAUUGUUUUUCAAGUACUAGUGAAGGCAUUGGUUAGCAUGGAUCCAGGUGAUGACACGGAGUUUCUAAAGAAACAAUUUCAAGAAUUCAUGGCUGGUCUCAUAUCUUUACCAAUUAACAUACCUGGAAGUAGACUCCACAAGUCAUUACAGGGAAGUUAA